ACUACUGUUUCCGGGGCGGAGUUUAAUCCACAGGUUACAAAGAGAAUCAGUUUCAAAGUUCAUUCAAGUUAUCCAGCUUUUUUUAAAUUUCAAAACAGUGCAGAUAACGAACGAGUAUAUAGCUCGAGGCAUGUUGUUCGUAAUGAAUCAAUUAAAUUAUAUAUUGAUGCAUUUCUUAUGAGUUUUGGAGCUUAGAAUCUCGUAGGAUGACGUGUCGGUAGCGGUAGCUGGUUAGCAUAACAUAAUCAAUACUUUUUUUCUGGACACGGAACGAUAUUUUUUGGUUCAGUUGUUUAACGAGGAACAAACGCUGAAGAGGGUGCAGGCAUGGCAGGAAGAGUAAACACCAGCCCUCCGGUCGUACCAUAUUCCUCAUGUGACAUGUCCUCGCCAUCACCAGUCCAAAUUCGGGAGGCGAACGCACACCUGGUAGCUGUGCACAGGCGGGUAGCAGAGCUGGAACAGUGGCUCGAGGCAGCAGAGAACACCGUGAGGGAGCAAGCAGAGAGUCUCAUCAGGAAGGACGAGCAACUGAGGGCUGCUACCCAGGAGAUCGCCGAGGCCAAGGAUAAAGAGAUUCACUACCUCCACGAGAAGCUGUGCAAGUCAGAAGAGACCAUCCAGAGGUUUCAGAACAUGGUCAAGGAGAAGGAUGCUAUGAUAGGACAGUUGCAACAUCGCUGCCAGCUCCUGGACAACAUCUGCAAGAGCAGGCCUUUACUAGACAGUAUGCUGUCCCAUAUGGCUGAGGCAGAAAGACUUGGGCCAGUUGUGGGGAUGGGUGAACCCACUGCCAAUACGUCCCUCACAGACGGGGAGUCAAACUGCAGUCCCAACCGCAUCUCUAACCACAAAGACUUCUCCCUCAGUGAGGAUGACAUGGAUGACCAGGAGCUGGAUGAGAUAGUGUUUGGAACAACGGUAUAGUAAAAGGCCCCUGAGAAGCGUUACAUAGGUUAGAGGUGAAAAGGUUCUAGAAGAGGAUAGUACUUGAAGUAGAGGCAUGAGUAAUUUCAAAACAUCAUGCAUGUUAUUUUUUUCAUGUUCAAGUAGUUCUGUAUGUUAAGCAGAUGACUUACAACUUAACAUCUUACAUGAAUGUGGGGGAACUGCUUGACACGUUAUGAAGCCUUUGAUGUAACCAAAUGGAGAGAAACUAAUCUGCCUUGAUUCCAUGUCUUAACCAGACGUGAAAUGUAUAGACAUCUGGUUAUCGUCUGUUACUGUUUUAACUGCUAUAUUUUUAUACUGUAAUAUCAAAUAUUUGGAAAUAGUGUAAACAGGACCUCUAUGGUCAGUGUUCAGCUGGUCAAAGUUCAGAAAGUACAUCUGCAGCACCUGCAAGGCUAGGUUCCAAUCCAUCCCAUGCUUUGUAUAUGUAGUGUAUACCUUUUAAUCUUUUUUUUUUACAAUUCAGUUUAAAGUGUUUUUUCAGGGAUUGUAGUUACUCCCUUGUAAACAUGACACAUUUAAUGGUGAAUAUAAGACAUACAGUAGCCUCUUACUGGCAUCAAUAUUUGCUUCAGUGAAGCAAGUCUAUGCAACAUUAGCUGCUACAUAGAUGUCACAUUCCAGUAGGGUCAGAAUCAAAGUGGUUAUUUUUUUCAUAAUGGAAGGAAAGUUCCUAUGAUGGCCUUCAAGGUUAUUAUAGGUGGUGGUAGGAAGGUGGAUGGUUGUCAAACUGUUGCUGAAAAACAGCAAGUAUGUGAGCAAGGGUAAAUUGACAAAUACAUCCCAAGAUUUAGACCCAUUGGUUGAGAGAAAGGUGGUAAGCGUGAGCCCAUAGGUUAAAUGGCAAGCGUGAGGAAUGUGCAUUAUUGUGCCACGCUUAUAGGCUAUAAGGUAAAUAGGUGAAUGGCAUUCUGCACUUGGCUAAUGGGAAGAGAUGAAACAAGAUGCUAUGCUGUUUUUCUAUUCUACGGGCAUAGAAUACAAAGUGAAUUGUUUAAACAAGCAUUCAGAUCAGCCUUCCUGAUUGAACUUUGUAUUAAAUCUACAAAUAUAGUUUGACAUCACAGCCAUGCCUUGUACUCUUUAUAUUGUAUGGUUUUGCUUAAUCAUUGUAGAAGCAAUAUAGUGUUGGCUCAAAUCAUCAGGUGGCUAAAAGUUGUCUGCUUUUUCUUUCAGUACAACUGCAUGAUUGUGCUGCUUAAACUGUUCCGUUUGUGAUCACUGUACCUUUAGCAUGGGGACAGUUGCAUAUUGCCUCUGAACUGUAAAAUGUGUGUUGCUCACUCUGUUCAUGUUACGGUCGUAGUCAAUGAAGAAAUUAGAAUAGGUAUUUCUGUUCAAUGAGGAAUGCUUUAACAGGGCAGUCUGCUACAUGAAUAAAUUAUUCAUACACCA